AUGUGCAUACUGGUCAGGUAUCAUCUCCUCCCUCCAUCUCUGGUUCUCCUUACACUGCUACUUGUCAGCACCAUGGGCUGUAUCCAGAGCAUCGCCUGCAAGCCGCGCAUUAGAAGGGACAACAUUGUAGUCUACGAGGUAUCGGCCUCCAUUGACCAGUGCCCAACGGUGAUAGAGGAGAACUCGCCUAUAGUGCUGCGGUAUAAGACACCGUACUUCAGGGCCUCCGCCGGGAUCGUCAUGCCUCCGGUGCCCCGCAAUGAAACCUGGGUGGUGGGUUGGAUCCAGGCUUGUACUCAAAUGGAGUUCUACAAUACUUAUGGUGACAUUGGCAUGUCCAGUUGGGAGUUACCGGAGCUCCGUGAGGGCCGUGUCAAGGCCAUCAGCGACUCAGACGGGGUCAGCUACCCCUGGUACGGCAACACCACCGAGACGGUCACCCUCACGGGCCCCACGUCCAAGCCGUCGCGCCUCACGGUCAGCAUGAACGACAACUUCUACCCCAGUGUGACCUGGGCCGUGCCCAUCAGCAACAGCAACACACCCAUGCUGUCAUGCAUCACCCGAGACCAGAGCUUCAUCACCUGGCUGGUUGCCAUCAACUCUGUCACCAAGGAGCGCAUCGUGCUGCAGACGGUGCGGUGGCGGAUGCGGGUGGACAUUGCCGUGGACCCUGACAUGCCCCUUGGCUCCCGGGCCUCCCUAGUGGGCCGUCCUCACCAGGAGCAGCCCCACAUCCUCAACUACCAGGAGCCCAUCCCCCCCAACGCCCUGGGACGACCUAACGCCAACGACGCCCAAGUGCUGAUGUGGAGACCCCGCAGAGGGGCGCCCCUAGUGGUCAUACCGCCCAAAUAAGGUCGAAAAGACUGAGAAAGAGAGAUGUGAUUGGUUCACGGUAAUGAGGAAGUGUGGCCCAUCGCAAAGCAGGGAAAUGAUGAGUUAUUUUACCAAGAUGGCAGCUCUUCACUCGUACCUACUACUGUCUCGGUUCAAUGGAUGAUAAGAAAUUGUGAAAAAGUUUAGGUAUUUUCUCUGGACUGGACUGCAUUGGAAUUGGCACAGCGGAAAUCUACAGAGCUAGCCUGGUUUCGGGUGCAGGCUCAACACUGCAUCAGCGUUUGAUUAAGUAAGACUGUUUUUGGACGGCCACAGUCCCGUAUUAGAGUUGUAUCCAUUGGAAAGAAAGGGACAGAGUUAUCGAAGUUUCAUUGAGGUGGACUGAACACAGAACUGCAUCCUGCAUCCUACUGUAGAUCUUAUUGCAUGAGAGAGAAAACGGUCUUUGACUGGAAUAAGAAUAGCAUUUUAUAUAAGCUCAUCACAUUAAGGACAUUGAAUGGAACUUCUUACAUUGGCCAUGAAAUCCUGCAAGCUGGAAAACCUCCUCAGUGCCAACUAUGGACACAACAGCCUUUAAUGCUCAUACAACCUUUAAGAACACAUCGUUAGAUUUAAUUAUGAGGCAAAUCAUAUUAUAUGAAUCUUCUGUUAGUUUAAGAGUAACUCACAUCAAUCAGAUUGUAUUAAGAGCACCUACUUGGCAUAAAGUUCUACAAAUAAAAUGGGCUGAUUGUAGUCUUAUUGAAAUACACCAUGUCUAUCCAUUCA